UGACAAACAAAAAAAAGAAAUAUGUGAACUUGCUAAAAAAAAUCCAUUAUAUAAACAACAACAAGUAGCAGAAGAAUUUAUGGAACGUUAUCCAAACUUGAAGAUUGAUCAUUCGACUGUGUCAAAAAUAUUAAAGAGAGCCAAUGAAUACCAAUUUCAGGAUGAUGUCGCUGAAACAACUUUUCGUCAUCGUCCUGUGAAGUAUCCAAUAUUAGAACUUGCCAUGAAUAUGUGGAUAGAACGGGUCACGACCGAAGGAAUGAUUAUUUCGGAUUCGUUAGUAAAGGAAAAAGCCUGCCAAUUUGCACAAGCAUUUGCUAUAUCUGAAGGGUCACUUACAUUUUCAAAUGGGUGGACUACUAAAUUUAAGAAAC